AUGGACAGUAGACUCCAAUAAAUGUUAAUGGUUCCUCUAGGAUUAGAAAAUAAAUAACAAAUGAAUGAGUUUGGAUAAUCAAAAGUUAAUCUUGAUCCCCAAAACAUCUUAUACCUUAAAGAUUUCACUAUAAAUGAAAUUUAAAAAUAAGCUUUGUAAAGUGCUUUAACUAGCAUGUUAUCAAUUAUUGUUGGUCCUCUAUAAACUGGCAAAAAAACUAUGGCUUAAACAAUCAUAUUAAACUGGAUCCAGAUGCAAACUUCAAGUAUUCUAUGCCUUCCAGAGUAUCACUCAAUGCUUCCACUAAUCAAAGGUUGCAAAUAAUUAGUGUUAAUUGGAGAUUUUUAAAUGCUUACAAUUCCUAAGUAACCUUCCUAGAUUAUAAGCGGUUUAUCUCUAAUCAACAAGCUAGUAUCAUAAGGAGUAUAGCCUUUUUAUCUCACAUAAUGCUAUAUUUCAGAGUAGAGAUAUAACUAUUUAUCCAAAAUUUUCCCCUCAUACAAUGAUGCAUUGACUAAUAUCCCCUAAAAAGAACUUGCUUAAGUAAAAAUUAGUUCGAUAUCAUAGCUUGAGGAUAAUAUAAAGCAGAUGCUGAUUAUUAAUGAAAGUAAAGCUGCUAUUAAAAUAGCUAUUUGCUUCUAAAGCUUAAAUAGAUUUGUGGACCUAAAUAUUUUUAAUUUUCAAACUGUGAUUUAUGGGCACCUUAACAAAUUUAUAGGCUAAACUUAUGAUAUGAUGAUUUUUAAUAUAGACGAAUAUAUUUCGUAUAACUAUGAACUAGAUCUCAUCACUAUUUAUUUAGUACUUUCAUCUUUUAAGUAUGGACUGAUUAUUGCAUCUGAAGAUCUGUAGCAAGCAAAGUUAAAAAGCAUAGCCUGGGCCUAAUUCAUAAAUAUCGUAGAGGAAAUUAAUGCUUGA